AUGAUUUCUGAAAAGGAAAGUGAAAUUGGUGUUCAAGAUGGAGCAAAAACCCCAGUCUCUACGGGCACAGUCAAGGAGACCUACAAUGUCGACAUCGCGACAGCUGCAGAUCAUGCCCUGCAGCGCAAGCUAAAGCCUCGUCAUAUGCAAAUGAUCACAAUCGGUGGUGUCAUUGGCACGGGUCUCUUCCUGGGUACAGGAAGCAAUUUGGAGAAUGGGGGUCCUGCAGGUCUUCUCAUCAGUUACUGCAUCAUGGCCUCCCUGCUUUUCUCGGUCAUGGUUGCUUUAGGUGAAAUGGUGUCUCAGUUUCCCAUACCUGGUGGUCAAUUCGCGCUUGCUGAUCGCUUCGUCUCUCGUGAGCUGGGCUUCGCCAUGGGAAUUCUGUACUGGUACAAUUUCCAAAACAGUUAUAUCAUUGUACUUCCUGCAGAAAUUUCAGCAGCCGCUGUUCUCGUCUCUUACUGGACUCCAGCAGGGGAUGUCAAUGCAACAUGUACAACUGGUAUCUGCAACAAUGCACUGUGGGUAGCUUUGAUGCUGCUGAUAGUGUGGGCGGUCAAUGCUGCUGGGACACGAUUUUUCGGAGAGAUGGAGUUCUGGUUUUGUUCAAUCAAGGUCAUAACUAUCGUCGGUCUUAUCAUCACCGGUAUCAUUAUCACCGCCGGGGGUGGUCCGAAUCACGAAUCAAUCGGGUUCAGAUACUGGAAUGAAACUGGGGGAUUUGUACAAUACGAAGGCAUUGGAGGUGCCAAGGGACGAUUUCUCGGGUUCUUCAGUGUUCUCAUCCAAGCCGCGUUCGCUUUUAUCGGGACCGAAAUCACCGCUAUUGCAUCGGCUGAAACCGCUAACCCCCGAAAGAACGUGCCUCGUGCCAUUAAGGGCGUCUGGAUAAGACUUGUGCUAUUCUAUGUUUGCAGCGCAUUCAUGGUCGGCCUCUUGGUGUCCCCCUCAGAUCCAUCUCUUAAUUUAUCGUCUACCGCAGCCAAGAGUCCAUUUGUGAUCGCUAUCAAAAAUGCUGGAAUUCCGGCUCUGCCAUCAAUAAUCAACGCAGCACUUCUCACAAGUGCCUGGUCCUCCGGCUGCGCGGAUCUUUUCGUCUCGUCUCGUACUCUUUACGGUCUCGCUGCACGUGGCCAUGCACCAAAAAUCUUCCUAACGACCCGUAAAGACGGCCUUCCGUGGAUUAGUGUCAUCUUUUGUGGCGCCUUUUCCUUACUCUCCUUUAUGGCAGCUUCUAAAGGUCAAGCGGGCACUGUUUUCGGAUACUUCUCGAAUAUGACUGCAAUCUGCGGCAUGAUAUCCUGGAUUUGCAUCCUCUGGACUAGCUUACGGUGGCAUAAAGGGCUUAAAGCUCAUGGCAUUGACCGGAAGACUCUUGCAUACACUGCGCCUUUACAGCCAUAUCUCUCAUACUAUGGCAUGUUUGUCUGUAUUAUGGUAAUGAUCUUCGGAGGUUUCGGAUCUUUCAUCCACACGUUUAACACCUCGUCGUUCAUUACAACGUACUUCCCCAUACCUUUCUUUGCUGUACUUUUUUUCGCAUACAAAUUUUGGAACAAGUCCAAAAUGAUCAGUUACGCGGAUAUGGACUUUACAACCGGCUCGUCCAUGGAUAUUCCAGAAGAGCCGGCACCUCAAACACUCUGGAAAAAGAUAGCAGAAAGAAUCUGA